UGACGGCCAGGAUGAAUUGCUGCGGAAGCUGAGCAUGUGAAUUACAUACGUGAGCUUGGGAAUAUGGUAAAAGGUUACUUUAUUAAGUCUAAGAAGAUGCAUAGAUUUGAGAAAAUGAAGCGAUAAAAAAUGAAGAGAAGCUUGAUAUUAUCACACUGUCAGUAAUACUAAUUUACACAGAUAAACAUGGAUGUCAAUGAUCUUGAUUUGAGCCCUGUACAGGAACGGACAAGUCUGUGUGACUCUGAGUCAUCUAGUGUUGCUAACAUGAACUAUUCUGGCCCAGACUCCCCCAACAAGGCAGUCAGAUCUCACUCCAGGGGAGGCUACCACAGUAAAUCCGAUCAGAACAAACCUCCAGAGUCUACAGAGGUGGUGUUCAUCUUCUGUAACAAGCCAUUCAUUAAAUCCUGUACAGGAAUGCUUCGUAUACUUCAGAUUAUUUUAUCAUCGGUGUCCAUGGUGGGCUUGACCUCUUCUUUUGGACAUGAGGAUGUAGACUUUCUCCGGUUACCCCUCAGUUGGCACUUUCGUGUGAUGUUGUUUGUCCUCGUCCUCAGCCUCACCACCACCAUUUUCAUUUGGCUCAUCCACAGCACAGGACUAAGCUACAUGUUACCAGUCAACUGGUACUUCAUAGACAUGGUUGUGUACUCGGUGCUUUCCUUCCUGUAUCUCGUCGGAUCCUCACUGGUGGCCAGUGCUUUUGACUUUUAUCAGAAAAUGGGCAGUGAUGUUCCUAGCUCCACCAUCCACAAACUCAUACUAUGUGUGGUGGUUGGCUAUGUCUGUAUGUUUAUAUACGGUCUCACAGCUCUGAUUGGAUACAGACGAUGGAGAAUACAGCAAAGAUUGUUCAAAAGAAAACGCUUGCUAGAUGAUGAGGAAGAUAUGGAGAUUUAGCCAUAGAAAUCCUUGGAGGAAAAGAACGGAACAGAUGAGGUUUCAAGAUCUAGCCAUGAAAUUAACUCUCCCUCAAACGAAGUUGGGUGGAUUUCUUAUUUUUUUGUUCCAUUCCCCUCAAAUGAAGUGGACAACAACACAUAUGUUACAAUUAGGGUGAAUACUGUUUCCGGGACGAUGCAAUAUUUGAAAGAUAAAAACAAUGGAAAACGGCACUGUGAUGUGAAUAUCAGUUUUGUAAGCAGAUAUUUUUCUGUGGUAAACAACAGAAAAGCAUGUAAGUCAUGCCACUUUUGUAAAGACUGUGGCGAUUUGGUUGCUGGUCAUCCAAGUUAGAUGUCCAUACCUGCCUUUACAGACUUACUGAGAGCUGCGAGAAAAUCAAUGUAACAGCUGGAUUAUCUAUUGCUAAAAUCUUCUUCUUAUGAACCAAAAGUCUUUUCUGAUGGUAAACAUAUCAUUACUACUUUCAGACACUCAAAUGCAUUUCAUGCACCAGAAGCACUGUUUGUUUAAUCAUGAAAUGCUAACAUUUCCAGGGUUUGUACAAGUUAACCAAUUCAAGCAAAGUACAUGUGAUUGCUUGAACUGAGAAUACACAUCCAUUUUUUAGGAUUUGUUUCAGACAGGUCCACUUGUGUUGGUAUUUAAUAUUUUUCUAGCACAAAAACAAAACAGAUAUUUGCAGAAAUGCAGAACAGAUUGUCAAAUUGUGCAUAAAAAAAUAAAAUUCCUAUAUGGAA